UGUACGCCGCUUGUUCUAUUAAUUUUAUGUUUAGAAAAUAAAUAAGGAAACCCAAUAAAAAACAUAUAGCCAUAUUUUAUUAUUGUUUAUAACGAUAUUUAUUGACACAUAAUAAUUAAUAAGUUUUAGUUUUGUGACCCAUGUAACACUUAAAUCUGUUUUUAAUUAUGGCUGUAGUGGGUGUGCAAUUAAAUCCUGUGAACAAUUUGCCAAAAAUUGAAAGUUUUCUCAAUGAUUCUUCAUAUAAAGAAGCUAUAGAAAGUUCUUCGAACUUUAAUACAAGACUAUGUGUAGAAAGGCGAUUACGAAUGCCAUUUUUGGAUCCCCAGACUGGUGUAGCUCAAAAUCCAUGUGCACUUUUUAUGAAAAAGAAACAACGAAUGCCCGGAAUGCGGGAAGGACAAAUUUAUACAUACCCUUCUGCACGAUGGAGAAAAGCAAGAAGACAAUAUUUGAGACAUCAUCAACCUUAUACUGAUAUUAUAGAACAUGAAAGUGAUAUUCAUACUGUUAUAAAUCCUGAACAACAGGUCACUGGGCCUUCUGAAACAGAAGUACCAGAAACUAGUCAAUCACAUCUAAAAGAUGAACCACCAAGUGAAUGGUUCUAUGAUGAAUUAGAACUGCAUGAACUAGAAGCCUUAGAGGAUCCUGAUCCUGAUUCAGAUUAUGAUUAUGAAGAAUCUUAUAGCAAACGAAGAAAAAAGAGGGGCAAUGCUAAAGGUCGUUCCAGUACUGCAAAUUCUGAAAAUCCACCUGCCAAAAGAGGAAGAUCUGGGGCCGGUCGUGGAGGUGGUAGAAGGAAGACACAACCACCUGCUCCACCGCCACCUUAUGAGGUAAUGGUUGAAGGUGACAAACCAUAUGGAUGUGAACUGUGUGGUGCCAAAUACAAGACUAGACCAGGACUUGUUUAUCACUAUGGUCAUAUUCACAAAGAAAACGCUAGUGAUGGCGAUUCCCGCGAUUCUAGCGGUAAACCGCCGCCGGCUGCCACUGCAAAUUCUCCCGUCAACAGUGAGGGGUCGAAUUCCACUUCGAAUAGCGCACAGCCGCAACCGCAAACGCAGCAGCAACAAUCUGCAGCUAAAACAGCAGAAAAAAUUGAUCCAAAAGCGCCUGCCACAGAGUAUCAGGAUAGCUAUGUUACGUUCCUCAACAGUCCAACAUCUGCCGCGCCUGCCGGUACACCGAAAGGCCGCAGUCGCUCUAAUUUACCUGCAAAUUCACCAGUUGUACAUUUGCCUGCCACUAUUUUACCAGAAGAUCCGCCCAUGCCUGUUCUUACACCAGAACCAAAAACAACAGAAAUUAAAGAUGUCGAAAAUCCAUCAACACCAGUUAAUAAACCUGGUCCAGCAGAAAAGGGUAAAGCUGCUCCUUCACCAUAUUGUGACUUCUGCCUAGGUGAUCAGCGUGAAAAUAAGAAAACAGGAACUGCAGAGGAACUGGUAUCAUGCAGUGAUUGUGGAAGAUCAGGUCACCCAUCGUGUCUACAAUUUACUGCAAAUAUGAUUGUAUCUGUUCGCAAGUACAGGUGGCAGUGCAUUGAGUGCAAAUGCUGUUCUCUUUGUGGUACCAGCGAUAAUGAUGAUCAACUGUUGUUCUGUGAUGACUGUGAUCGAGGUUAUCAUAUGUAUUGUCUAAAACCGCCUCUAGCAACUCCACCAGAAGGCUCUUGGAGUUGUCAUUUAUGCCUUACCGAGUUUCACAAAUAAUGCUGCAACUCGGAU